GUCACAGUCCGCCCCCCAACUCUGUCGGCUGUGAGCUACUCUUCACCUUCUUCCGCUCAUAGGGUGAAUAAAAAAAUCCUGCCAAAAUGUCGGAGAAAAAGAUGUCAUCAAGUCGCAAGCAUAAUCUGAAGAGCUUGAUGCUCUCCAUUGCUAAAGGUUUGCUUGAGGUUGAAGCAAAGGAAAAAGAAGAGGAAAGGAAACAGUACAUGGCAGAUGCGUGCCCUCCUUUAUCCUUCCCAGGGAGCGCACAAGCACUACAGGAGCUGUGCAAAGAACUUCACCAUAAGAUUGAUGUGAUUGAUGAGGAGAGAUAUGAUCUGGAAAGCAAAGUUAGCAAAAGUUCUAAGGAGAUUGAGGACAUGAAGAUUAAAGUUCAGGACCUUAAGGGCAAGUUCAAGAAACCAGCUUUGAGGAAAGUGCGCAUGUCUGCUGAUCAGAUGCUUCAGGCUCUGCUCGGCUCCAAACACAAGGUGUCUCUGGACCUGAGAGCCAACCUGAAACAAGUGAAGAAGGAGGUCAAAGAGGAGGAUAAGGAACUGCGUGAUGUCGGUGACUGGCGUAAAAAUGUGGAAGACAAGGCUGGCAUGGAUGGCAGAAAGAAAAUGUUUGAGUCUGAGGCUUAAAUAGUCAUAUAUUGUUUAGUCUUUAUUGCUUCAACAGAUUUGCUAUUCUGGGGUGCUGCUGCUUGAGAAAUGGAAAUGUCAGGUUUAGCUUGUGGACAAAAUUGUUGAUAAUGUUGAAAAUGAGAAGCCAAAAUAAAUGCAAUGUAGUAAUUGUUAUAUUCUUUUUCGGAAUUUAAGUUUCUGAAUUCAGCUGUAAUUUGUCUAGUUAUACCAAACAUUUGUGUCGAGUAAUUCAGAUUUCCAAUGCAUAAAUAAACAGUUUAAUGUACA